AGUGAAAAGUGAGGAUGAAAUGGCUACUUACAUUAUUUUGACUGUGUAAAAGGAAAAAAGCUAGUACUACGCACUAACUCUGGUCUGACAGUCUCGAGAAGUGUGGUAACAUUUGCCAUUAUUACAUUCCCCAAAUUCUCAUUUUUUUCAAAAAAUAUAGUACUAAUAAAUAUUUUUCUUAAAAUUCCAUAAAAAGCAUUGAGAAGUAAGUAACAAGUUGAUUCAGUCUCACUCUUGCUCAGUAGAGCUCCAUCAAUGGCUUCAAUCAACCUCUUCCUCUUUGCUCUCCUUCUUCUCCUCUCUCACGCUUCAGCUUCAACGGUAAUCUUCUACAACAAAUGCAAACACCCAGUGUGGCCAGGUAUCCAACCCAGCGCCGGCCAAAACUUACUCGCCGGCGGUGGUUUUAAGCUCUCGGCUAACAAAGCCCACUCUCUUCAACUCCCACCACUCUGGUCCGGCCGUUUCUGGGGUCGCCACGGCUGCACCUUCGACAGAUCUGGCCGUGGUCAUUGCGCCACCGGAGAUUGCGGCGGUUCUCUCUCCUGCAACGGUGCCGGAGGUGAACCUCCGGCCACUCUCGCCGAAAUCACUCUCGGCCCUGAGCUAGACUUCUAUGACGUCAGCCUCGUGGACGGUUAUAACCUGGCGAUGUCGAUAAUGCCGGUUAAAGGUUCCGGUCAAUGUAGCUACGCCGGUUGUGUAAGCGAUCUAAACCGGAUGUGUCCGGUUGGGUUACAAGUCCGGUCACGUAACGGGAAACAUGUAGUAGCCUGUAAAAGUGCUUGCUCUGCCUUCAAUUCACCACAGUACUGUUGCACCGGCUUGUUCGGUAACCCACUGUCUUGCAAACCAACGGCUUACUCCAAAAUCUUCAAAGUCGCUUGCCCUAAAGCUUACUCAUACGCUUACGAUGACCCAACCAGCAUCGCCACUUGUUCCAAGGCUAACUACAUCGUCACCUUUUGCCCUCACCAUCGCCAUUAAAUUAACCAGUAACGAAGAAGAAACAUUGCUCUGCUAGCAAAAAAUAUCUUGUUAUGUUUCGAAAUCUUGAGUUUGUAUCUCUACUUUUGUAACACUAUCGAAUGCAAAUCCUAUUAUCAAUUUCAAUGGAACUGACGUGUCUUGUGAGUGUAAAUCUCCAAAUUUUAAAUCCUUUUAUGUUCA